GUAUGUGUUCAGUAAUAUGGGCAUUAAAAAUGUUACCAACGGGCGUCAGUACAUCGACGUACUUUAUGAAGGCUGAUCAAUUUGCAUUAAUGAUUUUACGUUUCGCAAAUUUGGCAACUAUUUUAAAUUUGUUAAUGCUUACAAUUAAUGAAUACAGUUACAUUAUAUAUCCAUUUCAUUACCGUCGAUUUGUAACAAAUGCAAGAGUUAUAAUAUUAAUUAUCAUUUGUUGGAUAUUAGCAUGGGGAUUUACGCUAUCAAUUUUAUUUGUUGGUUCACGAAAGCAAUCCAUUUAUAUUAAACCGGGAUGUUUAAUGAAACGAAAAUAUUUGAGCCGUAGUAUGAAUAAUAGUGUUGCAGCGACAGCUGUCGCAACAACAACAACAACAAUGACAACAAUAACAAAAACAGAUGAUAUUUCAUAUUCAUUGCGUUUACCAUCGUCAUGUUUUGUACGUAAUAGUCAAAUAUCAAAUAAUACGGAAUAUGUUUACAAUGUAUCCGUUAUUGUAUUUUGUUUUUUAUGCUUAUUCAUAUCAGUUGCAUGCUACAGUGGAUUAAUUCGUGUCAUUUCAAAAAUUAUCGAAAGUGACACAAAAACAGAAAUUGAUAGUGAUUAUCAAACUAAUAGUAGCAUUAAGGGUGGUGAAUUUAAUCGAACAAAGAGGCAAUUAUUGAAAAGGCACAAAUAUGUUAUUGUAAUUGGCUCCGUUUUGGCUAUCUAUACUGUUUAUCUCAUUUCAUAUUCGGCUAUUAAAUUUUUAUUCGUUAGUAGGCUAAAAAGUUCACGUCUGGGCAUCUCACGUACGGCUAUGUAUUAUUUGCGAUGGGGUUUUCAAACAUUAAUGUGUUUGAAUACACUCCUACAACCGCUUUGCUAUUUCCGGAUGCAUGAAUUUCGAAGAGCUUUCAAAACCGUUAUAUUUCGUCGUAAUCACAAUGAAUCAUUAACAGCUGAGAGUACUUACUUAACUGCCACGGAAAGUCGUCGACGAACAACUUUCAGAAGCACAAACAGAAAUAGUGAUAAAGGUGAAAGGACAAAUAUGAACUGCAAAUAA